AUGACCCUCCUACUGCAGCUGCUUCUCCUACUCUUCAUCCCGCUCAUCAGCGCUGCCGAUGCCACCGUCUCGAUAUACGACGACUCCGACAAGUACAUCUACUACGGAUGCUUCAACGAAACGACCCAAGUCCCGGGGUCGGCCGAGACGCGCGCGUUGGGCGGCGGCAUCGAUGAGAGUCUGCCAGGCGAGAUGACGGUGCCGAAAUGCCUUGCCUUUUGCGGCAAUGGAAGCACCGAGUAUCGGUAUGCUGGGCUGGAGUGGUCAAGAGAAUGCUGGUGUGCCCAGACAUUGUCUGGAAUAGCUGAGAAGCUCGACGAUACGGCGUGCAACUAUCCCUGCGAGGGCGACAACACCACCGCAUGUGGUGGUUCCUUGAAACUGUCCGUCUAUCGCGCUUCUUUUGCGAGUCGAGUGUCUGCUUCGAGCGUGUUUUGUCUAGCGAUCUCCGGGCUGGUGAUGAUGAUGAUGAUGUGGUAA